UUCUAUCUUUAACUCGCCAAAGAAGAAAAAAUACUUUCAAAUGGUGAUUGUUAAUUUCGUACAAUGCCUAGAAGGUCACACAAAUCUUGCAGAGAGAAAUGUAAAUUAAUUCCAAAUCAUUAUGAUAUUCAUGAUCAAAUGGUGUUUUAAACAAGCAAAAACUUUAUACCAGAGUGUUAAACUUCUCUUAUCCAAGUGCUCUAUUACUGUAACAUAACAUGGAACAUAUACAGUCUAAUGCUGCAGAAGUUUUUAUGUUAAUGAUUACAGGUUAUGUUAUUUGGUCAAUCUCAUAUUGAGAAGGUUAGACAAACUUUAUCGGCAUAUUGCAUUUUCAUUCAAUAUCUAAUAAAACAUAAACAAACAAUAGCACUCAGUAGUCCCUAAUUGUUAGCUAAUUUCCUGUUUGGUUAGUAAACUUUAGAGGGCUACCUUCCACAUUUUAUGUUAGCACCACAUUAGACUGUUUCUUCGUUGUUUUUUUUUUUUUUUUUAGGAAUUUCUUUAAUUCUCCACCUCUGCUGUCCAUGCACAUAAUAGACAAACGCACACCAUACCCCUACGUUACUUCUGUGAAUACAUUUUAUGGUUACGAUUAGAUCAGGUUGAUAAAGUUUACAGAGGAGCGUAGUGAACUGGAGGACAAACCUGCAGAUAUUGAAGUGGUAGCCAAAACAUUGAACAAAAGUGUUGGUUUAGAGAUGGUGGUCUUGUAAGACUUGUUAUACUGUAGUUAUAAUGUUAUGUCAAUGAGCGGUUCCAUGUGUGACCAGUAUGUUGAAGUUGAAGCAUUGGUCCUCAAAAACAAAAUAAUGACAUUCAUAAACUGUUAGUUUCUAAAUAAAAUAAGUUAGGGAUCACUCCAGACGAGGUGUCUGUUAAUAGAAAUGAAUGAACAUUAGGGCUGCCCCGAUUAGUCACGACUGCAUUGACUAUUAAAAUCGUCAACGACCAAUUAAAUAGUUGGCGCGACUUUUUUUCUCUCUCUCUCUUUUGAUUUUAUCUCAAAACUACAGUGUGCACUUUCUAAUUCAACACCAGCCUUUGUCUUUGACACACAUGUUCAGUAGUGCUAAUCUGGAUCAGUAGUGAUGCCACAGGAAGUUCUAGGAAGGUGUAAAUAAAUCAAAUUUUAAAAAAAGUGUCCAAUACAAGAUCUGCAAGGCAGCACUUGUAUUCCAUGGCGGCAAAGCAUGAGCACCAGAAGAGGAGGCACGUUGUGACUGAGUAUGUUAACUAGGAUUAUAACAGACCUCAAAACUCACGGUGUGGAUUGUCACGGUUUUAGGGUCACAGUUCAGAUUAGUUUUCGGAUCAGUAAAGAAGAAACAACAGGAAAAAAAUAAGAUUAAAGCCUAAAGUUACUUUUGAAAAAUGUAAAUAUGCAAAUUUAAAAUAUAUAUAUAUAAAGUGCUUCAAAGCAUAAAUAUUGAUUGAUUUAUUUAUUUUAAGCAUAAAUUAUGAAAAAUACAGAACAAAACACGCAAUUAUUUCAAUCUCAUUGCAGAAACAAUGAAAUGCAUUGUUUAGAAAUUAGAAAAGAAAAACAAAAAAAACAUAUUUAUGUCAUAUUUGGUUCAUUAAGUUUUGUUAUUAUUAACCAAAGUCAGCUAGUAAUGAUGUCUUUGGAAAAAAAGAGUAAAAAUCUCUACUUUUGUCGUUUAUGUCACUGCAGACCUCUCCCAGGAUUGCCUGAUAAACCAGGAGGAGCAAGAGGAACCAGAACCUCCUCAGAUGAUGGAGGUGCUUGAAGAACCAGAACCUCCACAGAUUAAGGAGGAACAAGAAGGGUUCUUCAUCAGUCAAGAUGAGGAGCAGCUUGAUUUGAAGCAGGAGGAUGAACAGACCGACUCACAGAACAGAGAUCAUAGGAACAGAACAGAUGGAAGUCAUGUCCAGAAUGUGGACAUGUCAGAAAGCCAGUUUGACAGUAACUCGGAGCAGACAAUGUAUUGUCCUUUGCGUGGACAGACCCCAGUUCUAUUUUGCAGAUCAUUUAACAAGAACACGAAUUUCCUGAAACAUGAUUCAAAGACCGACCCAUCUGAAGGUAUCACAGCAAAGGGUGCAGCCGAGGCCUUCCACAAUUUCUGGAGUCGGAAGCAGAGGAAAAGGAAAUUUCAUUUAAAAAAAGAUAAAAGACCCAUGAAAGAGAUCAGUGUGAAGAUUUCAGUUGCAGUGAUGGAACGUAAAGCUGGGAAACUAAAACCUGUAAGAGGAACAGCCUUGCCUCUAGCUGUAAAUCCAGACCUGGAUGCUGCACACUUGCGUACAGCUGCUUUAAAAAAACUACAGUACUUUUACAGCAAUUUGAAAAUGAGAUCCUGUUUUCUACUUUACCCUGAUGGAACGGAGAUAAUAAACAUACCAGGAACAGAAACACCAUUUACUGUAAGAGGAUACAAGGAGGCACUGGGAAAGGCAUAUCAACGCGUCACUGUGUACAUUUGUAGUCCUGAAGAUUUUAUGAAGUGUUCUAAAUCCUCUCCAGAUUCUGACCCGUCUGACUCAGAAGUGAUCAUAACAAGCAGAAGUGCUGCACAAUUUAAUGCAGCUGAUACUGACCUCCCCCAGGAUUAUCUGAUAAACCAGGAGAAAAACUCCCAUGGUAAUCACGAGGAGCAAGAAGAAUCAGAACCUCUUCAGAUGAUGGAGAACCAAAAACCAGAACCUCCACAGAUGAAGGUGGAGCAAGAAGAACCAGAACCUCUGCAGGUUAAGGAGGAGCAAGAGGAACCAGAACCUCCACAGAUUAAGGAGGAGCAAGAGGAACCAGAAACUCCACAGAUUAAGGAGGAUCAAGAAGGGUUCUUCAUCAGUCAAGAUGAGGAGCAGCUUGAUCUGAAGCAGGAGGAUGAACAGACCGACUCACAGAACAGAGAUCAGAGGAACAGAACAGAUGGAAGUCAUGUCCAAAAUGUGGACAUUUCAGAAAGCCAGUUUGACAAUAAUUCAGAGCAGACAAUGUAUUCUCCUUUGCGUGGACAGACACCAGUUCUAUUUUGCAGAUCAUUUGGUGAGAACACGAAUUUCCUGAAACGUGAUUCAAAGACUGACCCAUCUGAAGGUAUCACAGCAAACGGUACAAUGGAGGCCACCUACAAUAUCUGGAGUCGGAAGCAGAGGAAAAGGCAAUUUUAUUUAAAAAAAGAUAAAAGACCCAUGAAAGAGAUCAGUGUGAAGAUUUCAGUUGCAGUGAUGGAACAGAAAGCUGGGAAAUUAAAACCUGUAAGAGGAACAGCCUUGCCUCUAGCUGUAAAUCCAGACCUGGAUGCUGCACACUUGCGUACAGCUGCUUUACAAAAACUACAGGACUUUUACACCAAUUUGAAAAUUGGAUCCUUUUUUCUACUUUACCCUGAUGGAACGGAGAUAAUAAACAUACCAGGAACAGAAACACCAUUUACUGUAAGAGGAUACAAGGAGGCACUGGGGAAGGCAUAUCAACGCAUCACUGUGUACAUUUGUAGUCCUGAAGAUUUUAUGAAGUGUUCUAAAUCCACUUCAGAUUCUGACCCGCCUGACUCAGAAGUCAUCAUAACAAGCAGAAGUGCUGCAGAAUUUAAUGCAGCUGAUACUGCCAUGGAAUCCUCCCUUGAACAGGACCAAUAUUGAUGGUGGAAAUUCUCAUUGGGACUCUGAAGUGAUUUUAUUUUCCAACUCAGAAGAGGGAUCAGGAACGUCAAAAUCUGCUAUGGAAACUGCACGCCGGGCCGGUCCUGGGCUAGACAACAUAGGCAGCUGCCUAGAGCACCAUCUACUGGAGGGUGCGCCAAAUCAUGAUCAUAAAUUGUUUUUUUUUUUUUGUUUUUUUUGCGUAACAGUUUGACACACCACUCAUUUCAUGUAAAAAAAAACAAAUGUAAAUAAAAUAACUCAAAAGUUUGAGUGCAGAGCCUUCCUGUCGCUACUGCUGUCUAUGAGGGUUGGGGGAGGAGAUGGGUUAACGGAUUUGUCGCUUUUAGUACAAUUUCAAAACUUAAAGGAUGAAAAUUUGCUUGGAAGUUCACUCUGCCCUGCAUUUGGUUGAAAUAUAUAUUUAACUGAUGAUCUAGUGUUUUUUCAAACACCUUUAACAGUUGAAGUACCCCUACUGUCCUUUUGAACAUUGGCUGAUUGG